CCUUUAGCCUCUAAGGCUUACAACGUAAACAUCAGAGGAGACGGUGAGGGUAUAAAUAGUAAACCUAAAUCCCAUGAAGCAGAAUUUCUGCCAUGGAGUCUGGAUUGAAACCAGUCGUGAUUUGUCUUUAAAGUAUGAUUGGAAGGAAUCUUAAUUAGUUCAGGUAAGCUAUUUAAAUCAGGUCAUCUUAAUGGUAUUAGCAGGCCAGAUCAUACACAUGCUAUCUGGUUUAGUAAUGUGUCGUGAUGAUUUUCACUGACGGAAGGAAACUUAAAGUUGUUUUUCUGUGGUCAGACUUCAAAACGCAACUAGUAUGAGACUAAAAUCAAAACAGCGAGUGGUGGUGUGUUUGAGUUAAUAUCGUUGACUUCCAGCUUUCUGACUAUCGUUUUCUUUCUUUCUUUUUUUUAUAUUUGCUCCUCUGUGAAAGGGACUGUGUCUGUCACAUAUAAAUAAAGACUUGCGCUCUGUCUGCUCAGGAAGACACAAACACGCUCUGCAAAAUGAGAGUUUCUGUUUUUUCUGCCUCCAAAAGCGUCAUAGGAGCUGUGGAAACACUUUGAACAGUCCAGCCAGUGAUUCGAGACCACUGCUCCUGAGAAGAGAGUGCAUAUUUUCUGUCUGUGCGGUCGGCAAUCUGUUUACUGGAAGGGCUUUUUCAACUCUGAGCACAUGUUGCUGCAUGUGCAGUCUCUCAGAGAGCCACAAGACGACUACAAUUUAAACUGUGAAUUCAGAGGUUGAGAGAGCUUUUGUGGGCGUGACGGGGUGUUUUCUUGUUUGUUUUUUUGUGUGUGUGUGUGUGUGCUGUGCAUGCAUAUGCAAGAUAUUUGUUUUGAGAACAGUACAAACAACCAGCACACUGAAAUCCUCUGUGUAAGCGUGGUCCAGAAUGGGUCCAGUUUAAGCUCCGUUUAUGGGAACGAACGAGGUCUCCCUGCUCCUGUAAAAGCAAGUUUUUUAGCGACCAGAGGCGUGGGUAGGUUUCAGUAGGUUCCAGGUUUGUCUAUUGUACACAGCGAGCGGUAACAAUGGGAGGGUCAAGUAUCUGAUAUACGCACCAAACCCUGGGACUCAGCUGCAAGUAAUUAAAGCUGGCAGUUGGCAAAGACGAGAGUCAGGCGACUGUAAUGGCUGCUCUAAGUUCAUACCAUAAUAUUUCGAUAAUGAAUCAGUCUGCUAGUAAAAGUGUUGUCAUGCUGUUGACCUAAGCAUCCCCCCCGCUUCUCUUCCUCAUAACCCCGAGGCAGAAACAGAGGAGGGAGAGAAAUGGUUUUGUGUGGCCCCGUUGUCUGUUUUGUAAUGAGAUCUUCUUUUUGUUUGAUAUGUCACAACUUUCGAUCUGACCUCUUCAUGGCUUGUUUUAUUCCACAUCAUUUCAGACAAGGAAUUACCAGUGUUGUAACAAGACAUUCACAUAUGUAGGAUGAGGGGCUAGGUACCUACGGUAUGCACCUUGCAACUUUUAAACAUUUUAAUUAGAGAUUGGUAAUGAUACAUUAAAAAAACAAAAAAAAAACAGAAUGAUCUCUUUUGGACGUACGUUAAAAGUAUAAAACACUGCUGCUAACUCUGUAUCCAGCAGCAAAUAUCACAAUUAAGUGCCAGUUUCCUGUUUUAGCUAAACAAAACCAAGAAAAUAUGAUUUUAAAGGGUUUACAUUGAAGCUUAGCACUGUUAGCAUCGCUACUUGUAACAGUGUUAUCAUGUGAUUGUCAUGUAAUUAUAGUAACAUGAAACAAAAUAGUAGAGAAAAUAAUUAUUUUUGGUAAUUAUUAACAAGAUUGAUAAACACAUCGGUUUCUUAUAUUAAAUGCAAUCAUUAGAAAUUUGCAUAAAUAUUACAAUGUACAGAGCCACUGGGGCAAUAUGUAUUCCCCUUAAGUGCCUUAAGUGACGUCACUUAAAAUCUACAAGUUUGAAACUGAAAGAAAAAAAGACAAAUCCCAGGGUGUGUAUGUGUAGUCAGAAGAAAAAGGAGCUGACCAGCCCCUUUUUAGCCCUCCUGUCGUCUCUGAGGCCUCGCACCCCAAGGCAGUGUCAGUCUGCAGGUCUAUGACACACCCAUCUUUAGCAUUCACCGUUGGUGGUUUGUUGCUGUGGAGGCAAUGCAGAUAUCAGGCUUUGACAUGCAUGAAGAAUGACUGUAGUGUUGGUAAUGUAGAUGUCAUGCUUCGACAUGCAACAGGAGUGGUUUUAAAACGAGAUAAUAUUUCUAGUUCUUCUCUAUUAGCUUUGAGGCCCUUUUUUGGAAAAUUAUUCGUUUUAUAUAUAUAUAUAUAUAUAUAAAUGCAGUUUUUCUAUUUUCUUUCUUUUCAACCUACAUAACGUUCUACUUAAUGCUUUGUAAAUGAUCGACUUGUUGUGCAUGCAUGCAUAGUUCUGCAGAGUCUGAAAAUGAUGCAAAGGUGUUUGACAUCUGACGCGGCAUGACAGCCAUUAUGGCCACUAUUUCCUUGUUGUUUUAUCAGAUGCGUUGCCAACCAGGUCAUGAGUAUGCUCCUGCAAUUGCAUAUUUGAGCGGAUGCACAAUUGCAUCAUUGUUGUUGUAUCAUUGUUUCUGAUAACCUCAGCUUAAAAAGAUUAAAUUCACAACCCUGAUGUCUCGUGUCGUCUUCAUGUUUUCUGUUAGCCUCCAGGCUGACUCACUGGGAUCUCUAUCCUUCACUGACCAACACAAAAAAAGUCCUGUUAGUAAGUCACCUUUUUAUUCCUUUUAUUGGUCCCCCUACUUUCACAACAGAGUCAGUGUAUGACCUUCUUGCCAGUGAGCUGAAGUUGCCUCCCUCCACUCAGCAGAGUCCAGAAGUCAUGAGUCAAAAGAGCGACGGAGAGGCAGGCCCUCUCCCUUCAGCUCCUCUAGCAUCAGGAAGUUCCCUCUGAAGCAGGGAGUGUCUGCAUAUAAAAUGGUCUGCAGUUCUCUGCUUCAUAGGUCAGAAGCUUGUUUUGUUUUGUCUCUGUGGCUUCACCAAACAAAAAAAACAAAAACAAAAAAAGAGAGAGAAAUAAAAGAAGCCAUAAAAGAAGUCCCAAUAAGUAAUAUGCCACAUAUUGUUUGAGCCAGAACAAAAUGCUAAAAAUGAUAAUAAAUACAUUGAGGCAUUCGAUUUUUUGCUUGUUAAGCUUGAUGAAAACACAAUUAAGGUGCAUACUUCUCUUGUUUCAUUUGCUUCUUCUGAGCAUCACAUAGCGCUCUCAACAAAAUUUACACAUACUGCACAUAGUGAGAAGGGGGAGUGUUUUAUUGAAAAAGCAAAAAAAAAAAAAAAAAAAAAAAAAAUUUAAAAAAUAUAAAUUUUACUGCUUAAAUGGAACUGGUACCCUACCUUAGUUCAGCCUGUAUUUACUGUCUAAUUAUUUACACCAUAGAUGCCUUGUCCUCUUCUCUGACCACGGAAGGGCCUCGCAGUGCUUUUUCCACCUCUUCCAGCACCACCAUGCAUUCCAGCACUUCAUCCAGUGACCAGAACGGAGCUCACAGCAGAAAUGUCGACUCAGAGGACGGCAGGAGUAGCCGAGUGGUACCAGAGAUCGUCGGAGUCAUGGGUGGCAGUGGAAAAAGCAGCAACGGCGAGCCUGCCGGAGGACGUGGCGCAGCCUCUCAGGAUGGCCAGCCACACCAUCAGCUGACUCCGUCCAAGCGCCGCACCAUCCUCAACAUCUCCCCGCCGCCGCAAGACCUGUUCGACGACAGCCACAUGUCCUGCCAGGAUGCGCCGGCACCCUUGGACUCGGAGCAGAGUAACAGCAUAUGGAUGGAGGAUUCCAUGUCCAACUUCAGCAUCAUGAGUACUUCUUCUUACAACGACAACACAGAGGUGCCACGGAAGGCCCGCAAGCGUACACCUCGACAGAAACCAGGACCUAAGGCGGUGCGCGCAGUGGGAGCUAACAUGGACGUCUUCGACGCAGACAGCGCCAAAGCCCCACACUUUGUUCUGUCUCAGCUCGGCCCUGAGAGCAAGACAUCAACUAAAGCAAGCUCUGAUGACUCUCAGACGACUAAUCAGAAAGGAGGGACCCUUACAUUGCAGUUCCCAUCGAAGUGCGAGGGAAAGGAGCUUAAAAUCCUCGUCCAGCCAGAGACUCAGCAUCGGGCCCGCUACCUGACCGAAGGAAGCAGAGGUUCUGUGAAGGACCGCACUCAGCAAGGCUUUCCCACUGUAAAGCUGGAGGGUGUGAGUGAGCCUGUGGUUCUUCAGGUGUUUGUCGGGAACGACGCCGGGCGCGUAAAGCCGCAUGGAUUUUACCAAGCUUGCAGAGUUACUGGUCGCAACACCACUGCAUGCAAAGAGGUUGAUAUUGACGGCACGACUGUGAUUGAAGUGACCGUUGACCCAAGCACCAACAUGACACUGGCGGUCGACUGUGUUGGGAUUUUAAAGCUCCGCAAUGCUGAUGUCGAGGCCCGUAUCGGCGUGGCGGGGUCGAAGAAGAAGAGCACACGCGCUCGCUUGGUGUUUCGGGUCAACAUCCCACGCUCAGACGGAUCAGUGCUCACUCUGCAGACGCCCUCAUCUCCAAUUCUCUGCACCCAGCCUGCAGGGCUGCCAGAGAUACUGAAGAAGUCACUGCAUACCGGUUCAGUAAGGGGCGGAGAGGAAGUUUUUAUCAUUGGCAAAAACUUUCUGAAAGACACUAAAGUCAUAUUUCAAGAAAAUAUUUCAGAUGAGAAGUCGUGGAAGUCAGAGGCAGAAAUUGACAUGGAGCUGUUCCACCAGAAUCACCUGAUUGUGAAGGUUCCCCCAUAUCAGAACCUGGCCAUCUCCUCUCCUGUUUGUGUGGGGAUCUACGUGGUGACAAACGCUGGCAGGUCCCAUGAUGUUCAGCCAUUCACCUACACUCCAGAUCCAGACAAUCUUGCAGUACAAAAUGAAAUUGCUGUAAAGAAAGAGAUGCCCUCGCCAGUGAAGACCUGUUCUUAUGAUGAGCAGCUCAAAGCUGUAGAUGGUGCCUUGAUGCCUUCAAUGUUGCCUUUAGUGAAGAGAGAAGAUGUCACCCCAAUGGAAGUGACAAACAACCUUCAGGCACCCGGAGUAUUUAAGAACGGUGACAUUCGCACACCCCAGCCGACCCAGGAUGUAGCAACAGCGCAUCUAAAUAAAAGCUUAGUUUUCAGCAAUAGCUUACCUCAGCCCGCAGGCGAUCCAGAUGAAACCCAGGCUGCUGCUUUUACCAACGUCGAUCCAUUAAGCACCAUCCAAAAGCAGGACAUUGCUCCUAGCAGCUCAUUCCCUUUGCCUGCAGAGUCUCUUCUCCCACAAGGCUCCCAGCAGUUCCUCUUAGAGUCCAGAGAUGGUCUGAUGCGGGAGAGGUCCGGCAGCGCUUCUGGAGGAGUGGGCAGGCUGUGUGUUGAACCGGCGCCCCCGCCGCCGCAGCUGCAGCUGCAGCUCUUCCCUGUAGACGAAGUGGCUCAGCUGGAGGAAGCCGUGAGACAACUUAAAGCUAAGGGAUACUGCAACUUACCAAUUCAGGCUGACAACUCGAUAACCAAACAGCAGCAGCAACAAAUCCAACACCAGCAACAGAUCCAAAAUCAGCAGAUUCAGCAACAACAGCAGCAACAAAUUCAACAGCAGCAACAAAUUCAACAGCAGCAACAGCACAUCCAGCACCAGCAACAGAUCCAAACCCAACAGAUUCAGCAGCAGCAGCAGCAAAUCCAACAGCAGCAGCAACAGCAGCAGGUUUUGGAGAACUUGCAGCAGCAGCUCUUCCAGUCUCAAAUCCAGAUGCAGUGUGGCAUGUUUCAGGAUGCUGCCCAGGCCAAGAACGCAGACCUUCAAGGUUCCUCACCAGGAGUGGUGACCAACCAGACAUCGCUUUACCCGCCGGAUCAACAGCAGCAGCAGCAGACUCAGCAACAGCAGCAGCAAGCUGCUCUUUUUCAGCAGGCCAACGACCUUUGUUCCAUGCAGACCGGCUUCCUCCAGCAGACCCCCACCCAUCCCUCACCAACCAUGUUCCACAAUCCCAGUCCUCUGGCCGAGACGCAAGAUCCACAGGCGUCAAUGUAUCAGAAAGCCUCUCAGGAGCAAGUCCAGGCUGCGCUAUUCCAGAGCACCAUGACAGUGCUGCAGUCUCAGGAGCAACAGCAAUCCCCCACUGGGCUUUUCCUUCCCCAAUCACCCCUGUCCACCCAGCUUACGACUGGUGGUUCUCAGCAGCAGCAGCAGCAACAGCAGCAGCAGCAGCAGCAACAGCAACAGUUGGCCUUCCUUAAUGCUCUACAAUCCUCCUCUCCUGAACCGCAGUCAGUAUUUCAGACCCAGGCCCAGAUGUCGCCCAUGCAGCAGAGAAGCCCCAUGGAGCAGCAGCAGUCUCCUCAGCCUCCGCCGCUCACACAGCCGCCCCAGCAGCCAGCCAUGUUUCAGAGCAUCUCCCCCCAUUCCUCUCCAAACACACUCUCUCCAGGCCAGCAGCAACAGCAGCAAGCAGGCCUAAUGUUCUGUAACAACAACCUGUCCACACAACCACAGGCCCCUAACCUCAUUUUUACCAGUCCAGGCCAAAUGCCUCCUCUCACCACCAGCAGUCUGGUUUCCCAGGAGUCCCAAAGUCCGUCUCAGCUGUUUUCCCAGGCCAGCAUGGUGGGUGUAAAUCAGCAGAACCAGCCUGAGCCCAUGGCCUUGGGGAAUCCCACCAAUUCACCACAGCAAGUCAUGUUUCAGGAGCAGCAGCCAAUGCAGUUAGGCAGCACCCCCAACAACCAGCACGAGCAGCCAGUGAGUCUCUUCAUCCCUCCAUCCAACAUGCCUCCCAUGCAGGGGGGGCUGGCUGUGCCCGAGCUCACUCAGUCAGCCAUGUUUGCCUCCCAGAACGGCGUGGCCAACCUUCCGACCUCCACCUCCUCUCCUGUCCAGCAGCCAGGAAGCUUGUUCCAGCACGCUGUGAGCGGGAACAUCAGUCAACCCAGCCAGCCUCAGCAGCCGGGCCUUUUCAUCUUCGGGAUGCAGAAUGGAUGUGGCCAGCUGAUGAACAGCCCUGGAAACACAGUUUCAGAUCAGAUCAUAGCAAUCAGCCAGUCGGGUCAGAACCAGCAGGAGAGCGAGGCUCACAUCCAGUCCCUGCUCAGCCAGUCUCUGUCCCAGUCUGGGACCACCGCACAGGGCAGCAUGGAGGUCUCUCAGAACAUGGAGAAGAUCAAUGACCUGCUCGUCAGCCUGCACGAGUCAGGCGGCAACCUCACGCGUUCGUUCUAAAUGUCACAGAAGCUCGUGAGUUUUGUUUUGUUUUUUUUUGCCGAAGAAACCUGGAAAAUUGUUAAACACGGAAGAAAAGGUCCAAGUGUUAAUGCGUGUUUGCUGCAUGCAGGUCCGCUCCUGCACCGCGGAGGACGCCUUCAGGCUGCUGCGGGCCUUUGCUCAGCUGGUCUCUUCAGACAAAAAUAUUAACGACCAAUGUAAAUAACAGCGACUCCGACUUCUUCAUAUGCAGAUACAUAAACCCAAGAUGUAGCAACAGGAAUGGGUUGGCGGCAACCAAGUUAACAUCUUUUCAUGUCUCUCGGAAACUGGCUAACUCACUUUUACUGAAACUCGUGUAAAUAGUGACCAACUCCUGAAGAGUCCGAAAAGAGAAGUGGAACUCAAAUCUUUUUCUUUCGCUUUCUACUCUGAAAAGACUGUCAACUUGUCAGGCCUGAUAAUCGGAGAACUUGUUUUUAAAUGUAAAUGGGUAGAAUGUGACGUUAUCUAUAGCAUCCUCCAGUUUUGUUUUUUUUUCUGUGUCUUGUAAAAUGUCUCCUAAAGAGUUAGACGUUUCUGUGAAUAUAUUUCCCUCAAUGUUUUUUUUUUUUUUUCUAUUAUUCUUGUCAUUAUAUUGCAUGAAAGACGGACUGUUUGGUAGUUUGGUAUGGCAUAUAGGCUUAGACGUUGUGUGGCAUGUUUGGCCGUUCUGGUAGCUACUGGGCAGAUAGUUUGCAAAAAAAAAAAAAAAAGGUCUAUAGAGGGCAGGAGAGAAAGCAAAGAAAUAUGAAGUUCUAGAACUGUAGAAAUGAGCAUAAGAGGUUUAAUGUAAUUUGGUUAUUAUUUUGCAGUUUGAAGCAGUGGGCUUGAACCUGUUGAUAGCAAUACAUUCAAUCUAGAUAUCUGAAAUGCCACAAAAGGAGAUUUUGAUUUUAUUUAUAAUGCAAUAAAUAAGCUUUUUAGGUGCUACAUAGAUAUAUUCGUUAAUAAAUCUACCUAAAUUAUGUAUUGUAUUUGACUGGGUUCAUGCAAAAGAUUUGUCCAAACAGUGAAGAUGGUUAAACUAAGAGAUAUAUUUGUAAAUAUUAGACGCUUUAUUUAUUUUAACAUAUUAUCUCUAUCGGCAUGUGAGCCAGGAUGCAGAUACACCAACACUGCAGUCUGUUGAAAUGUUCUGGUUUAUGUGACAAAUCCAGGUUACAACCUAUGUUAAAAAUCAUUGAUGAUGUUGCUCUCUAAUCACUCCUUUUUACAAAGAGUCCUGCAGUCUCAUUAGGAAAGGUGAUUUUUUUUUUUUUAUUUAAUUUAUUUAUUUUUUUUUUUGUAUGUCCACAUAUGGUGUCUUCAUUCCCUAGGUUAAAAAAACAAGGCAGCAUUUGUGAGGAAAAACAAAUGAGCAAAAAAAAAAUCCUUUAAUUGGUUUUAGAUGUGUCACAGCCAGUAAGUUUGUAGUAAAAUAUACUUUUUUUUUUAAUCAUACAGCUGUGCAUCAACUUACCAGCUACUUUGUUGCUAUUCAUUACCAGAAAUCUUAAUAUAUUAGUUUUUGAAAUUACAUUAAAAUAAAUUGAACAAAUAAAUUUUAUUCAGAUAGUUUUUUAUUUUUAAUUUUCAGUUAUAUAUUAUCAGAAUAUACAUCUAGAGUAGAGCAUUAACUUGGUGCAUCAUUACUUUCCGUUUAAUGGUUGGAAGGUGGGGGUUUUUUCAAUGUCAGUGUCUGAACUGGAGUAGUAUUCAUAAACCAGCUAGAAAUGAGCCAGUUUUGUAGAAAUGUUGACUUUAGUGAAUGCUUAGGAGGAGAACACAGCUACAGCUACAGCUGAACAUCUCACACAGAUCGUUGUAUUAAAAUUCUGAAAUUGUGCAUGUUGGAGCUUUACGGACCUCGUGUUGUUUUGUCUGCUGGCGGUCAGUGACUUCAACACCAAAGUGUGACUUUUGUGUACAUCCUGAUAAAAGUGCCAGUUUUAUGGCUCAUUAAGGUUUUUAUUGUCGUCUUUCUUUUCACUAAUCCUCUGUUUAGCAUUUUACCUCCUGACAUUCCAAAAAAAUGCAUUUUGUCCUUAUCCCACACCUUACAGUUUUUGUUUUUCUUUUUUUUUUUUUUUCUAAUAAAGACAAAACAGUUUGCAGUCUGUAGUUUUAUGUAAGUGCAUGCACAAACAAAAGGUGGGUCUCUCAUAAUUGUAAUUAUCCUUCCUUUGUUUUUUCUUGUGUUCAGUGUACAUGUUGAAACUAAUGCAUUAAGACCGUUACACUUAGUAUUCACUUUAAAAUCCCAAACAGCUGUUGUCUUAGGAUGGAGUUGAUGUAAACAUUACCAGUGUGAUUUGCGGAGCGAUGGUGUGCGGCUGUGUGUAGUGUGAUCAAUUUGGGUGUGUGAUUUUUUUUUUUUUUUUUUUUUUUUAAAGGGACCUUUCUCUAGAAGGAAACAUGACUUGGGAGAGGAGAGCUUCCUAGCUUUCUUCAACUUGUGAAAUAGAAAAACUAAUAUUUCCAAUGUUCCAUAUUUAUGAUUUUCUGUUGCUUUUGUUUUUAGAGAGAUAAUUAUAUAACAAAGAUAUAUUAUUUUUUUUUUUUUUAUCACUGUAGUAGGUAUUCAUCUUAACAGAGAAAUAUAUCUUAAUUUAUUUGCGCAUUGGUGGUUCGUAGAAUUGCUCUGCAGUCAUGAUUAUUUUUCCUUCUAGCUGUAUUGAUGAAUGUUAUUCCCCCCUCCCGCCCCAAUCUGCUCAUUCCUGCACCACCUGGGAGAGUCCUGCACUGGGACCAGCCUGCUGCCGAGGAGGAAGUGGCCUCAUUCUGCUGUGACUAAAGUGAAUGUCGCUUUGCUGCACUUGGUUGUCGAAUCCGGUUGGAGCUCAAAAAAUUGCUAUAACCAGCUCAGUAAAGCCAAUGCUUACUGACUUGCUCUUAAUCUAUGUUGCUCUCUGUUUAGAAGUUUUUAUUAAGCGGAGAUGGAUGUUUUUUUUCUGUCCACAGAUGAGGAUAUUUAUACCCACUGUAACUUUUCCAAAUUCUCCACAGCGGCUGAAGUUCAUACUGUUGUUUCUGCAGCUGUUACUAAGCUUGGGAAAAUCUCAGAUGGAAAAUUAAGGGUGAAUCAUCUUGUGCUGCUGGUGGUGGUGCCUUUUUGUUUUUUUGUGUUUUUUUUUUUUUUUAGGGAGAAUGAAAAGCUUUAUGUACUAUGAGUGAUGACCAUAGAGCUUAGUGUGCACAGUUGCUCCUGUAUAUACAUCUCAAUGUACAUAUAACACGUAUCCCCCCGGGGUUUUCUGACCAAACAGUUUUUACCAGACCAAGAAAUUUCAGUAUUCAAUAUGAAUGUACUGCUCAUUUUGUGAAUUGUGGAUGGAAAAAAAAGAAAAAAAAAACUUCCUUAUGUCCAGAAUGUUUUAACUGCACAUAGUCUUCUGAAAUGACAGUUUUCUCAUCAGUGUAUGUCUGACUUUUACUACAAUCUUUGCUAAGUUAUGGAAAAGAGGGAGAUUUUUUUGUGUGUGUGUGAAAGUUCUCAUUUUUAUCUGUUCUUUGCAUUUGAAGUUUUAUUCUUACAUUUAAUUUAAUAUUGACAAACUAAGUCAAAGUUAAUCUAUCAUAGCAUAGCAUAUUCACAGGUAUAUAUUCUGAAAACACUGCACAAAUUGCACACCCAGCCUGAGGAGAGAUAGCUGUGGCCACCGGGUUGAAUUGUUGCUGUUGCCUUUUAGAGAGACUUUUAAAUACUCAACUAUAAUUUUAAGCCAUAACACCUAAAGUGUGCUUAGAAUGUUUGACAGGUUUUGUAGUUGUCGUAAAUUUGUCGUUAACUCUACUGGCGCUUCUCAUAUGCAUCUGUCCCGUUUGUACUAAAGUAAAACGUUGCACUUAUGAUAGCUAACAUAAAUGCAAACACAUUUUCUCCAAAACUGCUAUGCAGCUGAUGUACAUUAAUUUUAGAUCUGUUUAAAACAUGUCUUUUUUCCAAGUAUAGCCCUCUGUGUUUAAACCACAGAUGACAAGCUAAAGUAGAAAUUCUAUUAUUUAUGUUGCUUUUUUUUUUUUAAAUGUCCUUAUGGUAUGAUUGAAGCACAAUGUUAUUUCUUCUCUCAACAGUGAUCAAAGUUUUGAGGGUUUUUUUAUGCUUGUUUUCAGUAGAGAAAAAGUGACAAGUUGUUUGCUUUGUGGAUUACCAUCUUGCUUAUGGGGUUUAUAUGAAUAUGUGUUAGUUAGUUGGUCUUGCUGUUUACUGGAACGGUGGUUUCUUUGAGACCGUCUGAUUAGUGCCUCACUUGGAAACGCAGACCAAAAAAUAAAUAAAUAAAUAAAAAUAAUUAUGUAGUUCUGAAUUUUUAUUUUGGUACUUCUUUGCAAAUUCUGUAAGCCCGAUUAAACCAUUCUUCUAGUAAACAGCUUGGAAAAUUUAGUUUUUAACCAUCAGAGCAACUGCCAAUCAUCAUUCAUUAGGGGAAAAUCUGUUUAUAUUUGGAGUUUGUUUUUGUUACUUUUAUUUCCCUGCGAUUUUGUAAACUUACUGCGAUCUUUAAUUAAACUAAUAUACUUUAA